AAAAGAAUAACUGCAAAACGUUUUCCCUCCCACUCUUUCUCUCUCUACAAAACCUAUACAUACAAUAAAUCCGUUUUCUCUCUCUACAUAUACAUAUAGAGAGAGAAAGUAGUGAAUCAUGCCAAAAGCUUUCUGAAUACUUUUACUUGGCCCUCUGUAUUUCUCUCUGUCGCCAUUGUGUCACUGUUGCAUAGUUUCUAGAGAGAGAAAGUGCAGAGUUUUUGUGUUGAAUUGGAAGGGGAGAGAGAGAGAGAGUUGAGUUGAGGAAGGAGGAGUUCGCCGAUGGGUCCAUCGACGGCGACGACGGGGCAGAGCAAUAGCAGUUACGAUCUGUCAUUUAAGAUCUUGUUGAUCGGAGAUUCUGGAGUUGGAAAGAGUAGCUUGCUUGUUAGCUUCAUUUCUAAUGCCGUUGACGAUCUGGCCCCUACCAUUGGCGUUGAUUUUAAGAUCAAGACACUCACUGUUAGUGGGAAAAAACUGAAGCUUACCAUUUGGGACACAGCUGGGCAGGAGAGGUUCAGGACACUGACAAGCUCCUACUACAGAGGUGCUCAAGGGAUCAUUCUUGUCUAUGAUGUAACAAGAAGAGAGACCUUCACAAACCUGUCUGAUGUGUGGGCAAAAGAGGUGGAGCUGUAUAGUAAUAAUCAGGAUUGUGUAAAGAUGCUGGUUGGAAAUAAAGUUGACAGAGAAUCCGAGAGAGCUGUGACCAGGGAAGAAGGCAUUGCCUUAGCGAAGGAACUUGGAGGUCUAUUUCUUGAAUGUAGUGCUAAAACUCGAGAAAAUGUGCAAAACUGCUUUGAAGAGCUUGCCUUAAAGAUAAUGGAGGUGCCUAGUCUCCUUGAAGAAGGAUCCACUGUAGGGAAGAGAAAUAUCUUGAAACAGAAACAAGAACAGCAAACACCACAGGGCGGUGGUGGUUGCUGCUCAUGAAACUCCUAGGACUUCAAAAAUGAUAAAAAAAAAAAGAAAGUGUGCACUAGAUGGUGCAUAUCAAAUAUGUAUAUGCUGUUUCCUUUUCUUCUUUACUGUUUUUAUCUUGCUGCUGCUUUGAAAGUGGUUAGUAGUCUCAUGUAAAGUAACUGAUCGAUGUUGGUCAUUGACCAAUGUUCUUGUUAAUAUUUGCCAGAUUGCUGUCAAAUUGGGUGGUUUUUCAUAAUUUUAAUGUGCAUUUCUUUCAUCAGUAA